AUGUCGGCCAGGCAUGCGCGUCUGCACAAACGAGGCAACUCCGCCUCUUCUACUGCGACGAGUCCCCUCAGCCCCGUCGCUGACUACGGCGCCUUUACCUUUGACCGCUCUUAUACUCCAAAGGUCCUCGAGGAGUCCUGGAUAGAGACACACCACCCCAUGCCUCAACCACCUUCUCACCAGCUUAAGAUUAAGCCCUACCUGCGCAAGCUCUCCUCCAAGGAGACUACCGGCCUUGAUCUCUCGCGCCCGGCUGCCGAGAACGACUUGUCUGGGCUGGGUAUUACUGAAUAUGGCGCCUACUCACGAUCCAUUUCCGAUGUCACCUUCACGCCGGUCAACCCCCGUCACAGGCACAACCGCUCCACCUCCAGUACCUCGCAGUUUUCAAACUCGUCUGCGGGCCUGCAGCGUCCUACGCCUUUGCCCACCCUCCGCCAGACCCCGCAACCCUACACGCCGCCAAUAGCACGGUCCUCACCGCCAUCAGUACUUGGAAGUGACCAUGAGGGCGAUGAUAUCAUGUCUGAUGACGAGGUUCGUCUGAAACAAAACUCGUACGAUCCCGCGCGCCGAUCAGGUUCCAUUUCCUCGGCCCAAGGUACAUCCCUACGCCUCCACACCAACAACUCGUCUACUCGACUCGCGGGCAGCUACUCUCAGUCCUCUGUUUCACUCACUUCACCCCUCAACCCGCCGAGGGCGCGGGGAGACACGCUCAAAUCCAUUGACACGACGACUUCGCCCAGCUCGCGCACCUCGUUCGACCAGACAUACCGCUUCAUUCGCGGCGGUCGCGACUCACCCGUCGACCCUGCCUCACGAGCUGCAUCCAUCCGCGCUGCAAGACUCAAGUUCGAGGAGGAGCAGCGGGCCAAGGAGCGCAAGUAUGAAAAGGUUGCACACAAGCAGCAGGAGCGCGACUACCGGAAACAGCUGAAAAAGGAAGACUUACAGCGCCGCAAAUCCGAGACGAUCGAUCGAACUGAAAUGACGCGCGCGCGCACUGUAUCCGAGGACUACCAGGAGAAGGCGCCGAGACCAUCCGUUGGCGGGCGUCAAUACUCUGACCACCGCCAGGCUCACUCGCACUCGCUACCCAAACUUGUGACGACGGUCGACCCCGAAAAGUCGAAUCCCUUUGGCGCCACACCCAAGGUCACAAAGAGCCGCGCGGCCAAGGGAAGGUGGCUGAGGUUCGUCACAUGGCUGAAGACGAGGCUAUUACGCAUGUCAGGAAAGUAG